UCACAUUAAACAAAUUGUUAAGGCGAAUUUUCUAGUUCAGGAGUUUCGAAUGUAGGUAGACCUCAGACGUUGACCCCACGAUGACGUCGUUACGUCUCGUUUUCGAUUAAAUUCAAGAGUCGACCUCGUCUCAGUAGUCAACGGAGAUGGAAACAACGUACUGCGUGCUGAUCCUUUCUUUAUGUUUAAUUUGCCAGGUGACGAGUCAGGAGGAAUACUUGGAGCAGCGUAUGAUUGAUCCCUUUACCGGUUGGAUUAUCCCGUACAAGCGCGAUUUAUCUGAUGGUCACCCUUGCAUCAACAGUGUAGAAUGUUCGAGCGGAUGCUGUUUGAGGAGUAACAAGGGUAGAAAAUGCGCCGGUAAAUCUCUAAAGGGACACAAAUGUAGCAAAUUCGCAUUGAAGGGGGAGAUAUACAAGGAUUACUGCCCUUGUCUGGCUGGAGAAAGUGCUUGUUCCGUGACAAAGGGUAAAAAUAGAUUCCUCAUCUGUUCGUUCUAAAUAUAAACCUAUCUCGAUGUAUCGUGUUUUAAUUGUUUAAUAAAUAAAAUUCUAAAUUUUCUAUUAGUUUUUUUUUGUCCCAUAAUAUAGU